UUCUGAAAACCUCAUCGAUCUCCAUUCUCCAUUGGAGCUCGUCGAGCUCGAAGCUCUCCCCGAGUGUCGACGAUGAGCUUAGGGCUGCUGCAAGGGUACUCAUCAGCCGAGGAAGAAGACGAUGAUCGCCUUUCCUCUUCUUCGAUCGAAGACGAGGGUGACGAUGAUGGCUUAUUUGGGAGUUCUCGCUCUAAGAGGGACGGGAGGACCUCCUACUCUGCCCCCGCUCAGGCCGGGACGAACUCUAUCCUCCCCUCCGCGCUCGAUGCAUUUGCUGAGGUCACAGGGCCGCCGGGGUUCUUGAACAAUUGCGUUGGCGCCGUUGAGGAGAACGAGGUGGAUCGGAGUGAGAGAAGUCGCCCGAGGGAGAAGAAAGGACCCUCUGUUGGUGUUGUUUUGGAAGCUAAACCUCAGUUGGUCGGAAUUCGUGACCAUGUAAGGAGUGAUGUUGAAGGUAGUGCUCCUCCCUCAGUCUCUAGCAAAUCCGGGGAAGGGAAGCGAGUUGUUACUGCAACAAAUCCUGAAGCGAAAGACGCUGCAGAUUUGCUGAGGAUGUGUUUGCAGUGUGGAAUUCCGAAGACUUAUUCUAAUGCGAAAGGCAUGGUGUGCCCGCAAUGCAAUGAUCGGCCUCUGGAUCAAAUGAAAGAGUCCGAAAAGAAGAAGGGAUCGACCAUCAAAGAUAAGGAGAAGAAUAAGCGAAUGAAAGGUCAAUCGAGCCAUGCCACUUGGAAGAGUGAAACCGAGAUGCAGCUCCGGCAGCAGUUUGAUUAACGCCAAAUAAUCAAUUCUGUAGAUUGUACCAUCUUCAGUUUAGUGUUCUGCAGUUUCCCUUGGAUUUUUAUGCCAAAUUUUGAAAGUAUUAAUUUGACAGUAAUUGUACUUUGUAUCAUGCACUUAUCGUCGAAACAAUUUAAAUCUACUUCUUUGUUCUUUA